AUGGCCCGUACCAAGCAGACUGCCCGUAAAUCCACUGGAGGCAAGGCCCCCCGUAAGCAACUUGCGUCAAAGGCUGCCCGCAAGUCCGCACCAUCCACCGGUGGUGUCAAGAAGCCCCACAGAUACAAGCCAGGAACCGUCGCUCUCCGUGAGAUCCGUCGCUACCAGAAGUCUACCGAGCUCCUGAUCCGAAAGCUCCCCUUCCAGCGCCUGGUUCGUGAAAUCGCCCAAGAUUUCAAGUCCGACCUCCGUUUCCAGUCAUCCGCCAUCGGUGCCCUUCAGGAAUCCGUCGAGGCAUACCUCGUAUCCCUGUUCGAAGAUACCAACCUGUGCGCCAUCCACGCCAAGAGAGUGACCAUCCAGAGCAAGGACAUCCAGCUUGCCAGACGUCUCCGUGGAGAGAGAAGCUAA